AUUCUGUAGUAUUCCAAUCUUUGCGUGUGGAUGCGCUCAAUCGUUCGCAGAUGUGAUAUUGUUGUCAGAAAAUGGCCGGUAAAAGAAAAAUGGGGUGAUGAAAAAACGAGAAAUUUGCCUUCAUGCAGUGAAAUCGGACAGUCCUUCUUGGAAACAAGCAAUGUAAAGCCUGUGGCACCACAUAGAUAGACCAGCUGUAGAACAGACAACAGAGGAUUUCAGCAGACAACAUCAUCACCAUGAGUGUGGCUCCGCUGGCAGUAGAGGUUAUUUGCGUGUUCUGCCUGGCGGCGUACCUUCUGCACAAGUACGGGAACAUCCGCCGUCAGCACGUGCUGGUGACGCUGGCCUCGCUGGUAGCCUGGUACUUCUCUAUGAUCAUCAUCUUUAUCCUGCCACUGGAUGUCUCCACUACAUUUUACAAGAUCUGUUUGGGGAGCAUACAGCCCCCUGUCACCCCUGCCGCUAUCCUGUCCCCCCCUACAAAUGCCACCCCCCAUGCCAACCAUACCUAUACCGACGCCCCCUCGAGCAUCAACACCACGGUAAACGAUGAUCAGUCAUUGGUCAGGAGGGACGCGCUGUUUGACACGCCCACCUGUCAGGUCCCCUGGAGUUACGUACAGGAACAUGUGCUGCCCAACAUGUGGCAUGUGGUGUACUGGACCUCACAGAUACUCACAUGGUUGAUCCUGCCCUUCAUGCAGUCCUACGCCACCUCAGGAGACUUUACCAUCCAGGGUAAGAUCAAGACUGCCUUGAUCGAGAAUGCGAUCUACUACGGGAGCUACCUGCUCAUCUUUGGGGCUCUGCUCAUCUACGUAGCGGCCAGACCUGAUCUGCAGAUUGAUGGGCCUCGCCUGAAGAUGAUUGGCAUCACAGCCAGCAACACCUGGGGCCUGUUCCUGCUGGUGCUGUUGCUAGGAUACGGGCUGGUGGAGGUGCCGCGGAAGUGCUGGACGUCGUCCAAUCGGGAGCAGCUUCUGGCGUACACACGCUUCCAGGUGGCGAAACUCAGCACGGACAAGUCCGAUACAGAGGAGACUUUAGAAGAUAUACUGGAGGAGGUAUCAAAGGCCUCUGAAGCCAUCCGGUACAACCAUCCCCACAGGAAGUACAUGGACACCAUCUUGAGAAAGGUUCCAGAGGACAUGCAGGGCAGACUGAACCGUGGGAUGGAUGAUUACGAGGACUAUCCCGACGGGCGCUCCGCCAGUAUCCCGUCAGAGAAGGAUCUAGUGGCGCUGCACAGGAAGACGAUCCGCGCCGUCACCAGUCAGCACCGCACACAGAUCCAGUGGGACAUCCUUAUGGAGAGGGCCUUUGGGCUGGAGGACAUCGCUGAGAGUGAGAAAUGUGCAGAUAGACGGUUCCGUUCAACCUUCCCUCAACAUUACACGGGGAUCCUGAAGCAUAUCUGCACACCAACAGUGGAAUGGUACUGGAAGUGCCUGGUGCGCCCCUGGGUACUGAAGGUCCUGACGGUCAUCCUUGCCAUCUUCUCCUUCGUGGUCAUCUGGUCAGAGGUCACCUUCUUCAACAAGAAGCCUGUCCUCUCCCUGUUUGCCAUCUUCAUCAAUGUUGCAGCCCAAAACUAUGACUACUUUUACAUUGAGCUGGCUAGUUGCUUGACCAUCACAUACCUGUGCGUGUGUGUCUACUUCACGGUGUUCAGAAUCCGCAUCUUCAACUACUACUACAUCGCACCGUACCACCAGACUGACUCCAACAGCCUGCUCUUCAGUGGCAUGUUACUGUGCCGCUUGACUCCCCCCCUGUGUCUGAACUUCCUUGGUAUGAUCCACCUGGACAAACAUGUGACAGGGAAUGAAGACCAGGAGAUUGAGACAGCUUACACCUCGAUCAUGGGCCACAUGGAUGUCAUCUCCUUCCUCUCUGAUGGCUUCUACAUCUACUACCCUAUCCUGGUCAUCGUUGUUGCCCUGGGGACAUUCUUCAGUGUUGGCAACCGUUGUCUGGGACUUCUCGGCUUCCAGCAGUUUAUUGGUGAUGAUGAUAUGACCUCUGACCUCAUUGAGGAGGGCAAGGAGAUGAUUAAAAGAGAGAAGAGAAAACGGCAGAGAGUUGAAGAUGGUGAAGCCAGAAGAAAGUCGUGGAGAGACCGUUACGGUACCACAAAAGACCGUGUGGGCUCGUUACAGAACCGUGAUGCCAGUGACAGUGACUCAGGUAGAGGGAGUAUGAAGUCAGGUGCUCUAUAUGGGAAAGAAUCCAGUCUGCUGCACAGAAUUGCUUCCCAGCUAGCCAAGUACAGCCGUGUGAACGACAAGGAUGACAGUGCACAGGUGGAGCUACUCAAGGACUCGGAGCCUCUCGACUAUGAUGACAGCCUUGCUGAGAAUGAGGAGUUUGAUCGGGCCAAGUACACACGCUCCCAAGCAGGGAGGUCAAGUCGGCAGACCACAGGGUCCCGCUGGACGGGAGGGAGAGGUUACGGGUCGCAGGCUCCGCCUAAAGGCCUGUUUGACGAUGUCUGAAUCAGGGGUAGAGGCUAUGAGUAUGAGUCGCAGAUUCCUCAGAAAGCCUGUUUGACAAAUGUCUGAAUCCAGGCAUAGGCUAUGCGUCACAGGCUCCAUCUAAAGGCCUGUUUGACAACGUCUAAAUCAGGGGGAGGCUAAUUUGCACAAGGUCCCCCCAUGAGGUCUGUUUUGCAAUGUCUGAGUCCAGACUAUAGAUGACCCUUGGCUUGUAGCAGUAAGGCAGGAGCGCUCCACCAGUACUCCAAUAGUCUUGCUGGUGCUGGUGGAUACAAGUGCCAAGACUGGCAAUGGCUUUGUACAUUUGUAUGUCUUGAAGGGGUGGUUGUAUACUCCCUUUCUCUUUGGUUAAACUUGAAGCUCGGUGCAUUAGGCUUGGUCUUAUAUUAGCUAGGGAUGUUUGUGAGCCUGCCUCUGUGCCCAGGGAUGUUUACCAACAUGAUUUCUUGUUGAGGAUUGUAUAUAAAUAUGCAAGAGAAUGGGAGGGAGUUAUUCCUGUAUGUAAUUUGACAGGACCUACCUGUAGAUCAUUCCACCUCACCCCAACCACAGUUUUAGGGGACAGGGUUUAGAGCUAUUUGUAUGUGUGUUAGCUGCCUUCCUGCAAAUGAAGAUUCACUGAUAGAAAUAAAAGUUGUAAUACACAUAUCAUAGAUUACAGACCUACUCCAGUUUUAUGCAGCUCUGUACAUAAGAAUGCAGCAAAGAGAAGCAGUUCAAUAUAUAAACUUGUGUAGUUAUAAACAUGUUAAAAUAGUACAUGUACAUGGAGACUAUUAGUCUAUUCAGGAUCAUUAGGACAAUUGUAUCAAAUACGAGAAACAGAAAUGUAUACAUAGCCGAAUCCAACUUGAAAGAUAGCAUUCUGAAGCUUGGGUAGGCCUGGAGCCUUUAGCCAAAACAAUGUACAACAGACUAGAUGUAGUUCCUUGACCCUAGUAACUCUAUCCUUGUACAUACUGUUAAGACUGCUUAAGAGUUGGACUGUUAAGAGUUGGAGACAACACACACCACUGCACAAAAAAAAAGUAUGAGGGG